GAAAAAAAGAAACUUUGGGAAAAGCGAAGAAUUCCUCGAUUUUAUUCCACAAUGAGGUUAAUAGAACGGGUACAACUGAGCAGCAUGGAAGAAAUUAUUCAAAUGGAGUAGGACCCGUUUUUAUCUUUUCUUUUUAUCUGCUAUUUGCUGGGGGGCAGAGAGUGAGAGAGAGAGUAAUGGCGGAAGGUGAAGAAUGCGUGGGACAGGGGGACUGGAAGGAGAGAUGUAUCACCUUGGAGACCCAGCUGCUCAAGUUUCGGGUUCAGGCCAGUAAAAUCCGGGAGCUGCUGGCCGAGAAGAUGCAGCAGUUGGAGAGACAGGUGCUGGAGGCGGAGAGACGGGCCCAGAAAGCACACCAGGAGGUCCAGGUGAUGGAGGAGAAGCUGAAGGCUGCAGACGUUCAGACGAGCGAGUCAGAGAUACGGCUCUUUCGUCGCUGCCAGGACCUGCAGACCCUGCUGCAGGAGAAGGAUGACAUCAUCACACUCCUAGAGCAGCAGCUGGAGGAGCAGAAGCAGAUCAGACUCCAGGAGGCAAAGAUUGUGGAGGAGAAAGCUGCCAAGAUCAAGGAGUGGGUGAUGCUGAAGCUACAUGAGCUGGAGGUGGAGAACGGGUCCCUGAGGGAGACUAACCAGCAGCAGAGCUCUCAGAUCCUGGACCUGCAGAAACGUGUGCAGGAGAUGGAGCAGAAGAGGGCCGGGACCGCCCAGCCCAAACCCGGCGAAGCCCAAAGACUCAGCAGUCUCACAUUCGGCUGCUUCCAAGUGCGAGCCAAGAGCCCGCAGGUUCUGACAGGUCCAGAACCGGCCCGCAGAACCAUCAGCACCCAGCAGGCCGGAGGAGAGCCAGCAGAGGCUACCGCUUCACCACAGAGCACUACAGACAAAACCACCAAACAGAAUUCGGGGUCUGCAGGGGGCGAUGUGGACAGCCGGGGUCAGAGGUCAGGGCUGCCAGGCCAAGGAGAGGGGGGCUCGGAGAAGCGGUGCGGCUCAGGGAGGGGGGGCGACGGCAGCUCGGAGGAGGAAGGCGAGGGCGGGGGCAGAGGAAGGGUGGAGUCGCUGCGUGUGUCCUCAGCGCUGUCCAGCGCGGCGUCGGACGGCGGGGGCAGCGGGGCGGGGCUGAGGUACAGCCGGGCAGGGAGCGAGACGUACCUCACCGCCUCUGACGACAGCAGCUCGCUGUUCGACGACGACAUGCAGCGAGCCGAGCGUCCCCAGCUCCGCCUCCAGGGCGGUGCGGAGGGGGCGGGGCAGGCGGGAGGGGGGCGGGGCAAGACAGGGGCGAAGAACGACAGCUUCUCGGACGACCUCAACAAGCGCUUCCAGUCCCAGCGCCUCGACUCCUCCUCUUCCUCCAGCGAGGCCACCAUCCCCAGCCCCGCCCUCUCCCCCAAGCACCCCGCCCCCCUCUCGGAACAGAGUGCCCCCGCCCCGCCCUCUGCGGCGCUGCCCAAGCUGCGCACCCCCAGCGCCUUCACCGUCAGCGUGGCGCUAGCCAAGAAGCACCUGAGCCAGCCGUCGCUGAGCAACGACUCCGCCCACGGCCGCAACCGCAACGCCAUCAGCAUGCUCCGCCCACUCAGGCCCCAGGAGACUGACCUGGACCAGGACCAGGACACGGACACAGCCCGGGAGCGGCCUAACGACACGCCCACCGCUGGGGAGGACCUAGAGUCGCCCGAGUCACCUGGGAUGGUCCCGGGCAGCAAGCCGCCCACACCUCCCCUGCACAGGUUCCCCUCCUGGGAAAGCCGGAUAUAUGCAGUGGCCAAGUCCGGCAUCAGACUGUCAGAGACCACGUGUACAGACCCCGUCAGCAAGAACUCCACCCCCCAGUCCUCAAACCCUGCUUCAGUGCUGUAUACCUCCCUGAUCUACAGGAACAUGACCACGCCUGUGUACACCAUGCUGAAGGGGAAAGCCACCCAGCUGAGCAGCAGUCCGUUCUCAGACGAGUCGUCGGGCUCAGAGGAGGAGGAGAGCUCUCUCUGCAGCUCCCGCACCUCCGGCUCCGACUCCCGCAAGGGGAGCAGCCCAGGGAGCCCCCGCGCGCUCAAGAGAGCUGUGUCCAUGUCCUCGAUGACCUCUGAGAGUGACUACGCCAUUCCCCCGGACGCCUACUCCACGGACACAGAGUGCUCCGAGCCAGAGCAGAAACUGCCAAAGACCUGCUCCUCGGCCAGCGACAACGGCAAGAAUGAGCCGCUGGAGAAGUCGGGGUACCUGCUGAAGAUGGGGGGCAAGGUGAAGACCUGGAAGAGACGCUGGUUCGUCCUCAAGGCGGGGGAGCUUCUGUACUACAAGUCACCGAGUGAUGUCAUAAGGAGACCUCAGGGCCAGAUAGAACUCAACGCUACCAGCAGCAUCACCCGCGGCGACGGGAAACAGACGCUCCAGCUGGUCACAGAGAAACGGGUGUACUACCUGACGGCAGAUUCUCCAAACCUCCUGGAGGAGUGGAUCCGGGUUCUCCAGAACGUCCUGCGGGUCCAGGUGGCCAGCCCACUCUUCACCCAGCCCGAGAUCCGGCCAGGCAUGAAGGGGCUGCUCACCAAGGUGAAACAUGGCUACUCCAAGCGGGUGUGGUGUGCGCUGAUCGGGAAAACUCUCUACUACUUCCGCAGUCAGGAGGACAAGUUCCCUCUCGGGCAGAUCAGGUUGUGGGAAGCACGUGUGGAGGAGGUUGACAGGUCAUGUGACUCGGACGAGGACUACGAGUCAAGUGAGCGGAGCCUGCUGUCGACUCACUCCACCAUAGCCGUGCAGCCCCCAGACCAGGGCCCAACCUACCUGCUGAUUGGCUCUCAGCAUGAGAAGGAGGCGUGGCUGUACCACCUGUCUGUGGCAUCGGGCUCCGCGGGGGGUCAGGUGGGCACAGAGUUUGAACAGCUGGUGGGCAACCUACUCCAAGUGGAGGGAGACCCAGGCUCACAGAUAUGGAGGCACCCCAUGCUGUGCUUCAGUAAGGAGGGUCUCUCCUCUCCUCUCACCACACUGCCCUCCCAGGCCCUGCAGACCGAGGCCAUCAAGCUCUUCAAGACAUGCCAGCUGUUCAUCAACGUAGCGAUCGAUGCUCCAGCGAUCGACUACCACGUGUCUCUAGCCCAGAGUGCUUUGCAGGUGUGCCUGACUCACCCAGAGCUGCAGAAUGAGAUCUACUGCCAGCUGGUGAAACAGACCAGGAAGAGGCAACCCCAAGGCCAGGCUGGGCCUCUGCAGGGUUGGCAGCUCCUGGCUCUGUGUGUAGGCCUCUUUCUGCCCCAGCACCCCUUCCUCUGGCUACUACAGGUUCAUUUAAAACAGCAUGGAGACUCCAGAACAGAGAUCGGGAAGUACGCCAUCUACUGCCAGCGGUCGGUAGAGCGCACCCAGCAGAAGGGUGAGCGUCAGGCUCGUCCGUCCAGAAUGGAGAUCCUGUCCAUCCUGCUGCGGAACCCCUAUCACCACUCCCUCCCCUUCAGUGUGCCUGUGCACUUCCUCAAUAACACCUACCAGGUGGUGGGGUUUGACGCCUCCACCACAGUGGAUGAGUUUCUGGGACGCCUGAACCAGGACACAGGGAUGAGGAAAACUGGUCAAACGGGAUUCACCCUCUACACCGACGACCCCUCUGGACGGGACCUGGAACACAGUCUGCAGGGCAGCAUCAAGAUCUGUGACAUCAUCUCAAAAUGGGAGCAGGCCUCCAAAGUUCAGCAAACGGGCAAGUCUGAGAGCACCAGGACUAUACGGUUCACCUAUAAGAACAGGCUGUACUUCUCUUUCCAGGUGAGGGGGGAGACAGAACGUGAGAGGCUGCUCCUGGCAUACCAGACCAGUGAGGAAAUCGUCAAAGGGCAUUUCCCCAUUAACAAGGAGCUGGCCCUGGAGAUGUGCGCUCUGUUGGCCCAGGUAGAAUUUGGAGAUUUCGAACGUCCAUUCAGCAGCCCGGCCGGACCGGGUUCAGCCCAGUCCAAAUCCAACCAGACCCUCAAGCAGGUUCUGGAGAGGUUCUAUCCAAAGUGCUAUCGCUGGGGCUGUACAGAGGAGCAGCUCAGGCAGUUACGGCAGCGCCUGUCCACCUGCUGGGCGUCUCUUAGGGGCCGCAGUGCUUCUGAGUGCGUCCGCAUCUACCUGACCGUCGCCCGGAAGUGGCCCUUCUUCGGCACCAAGCUAUUCCCCGCCAAGCCCAUCACACCCUCCCCGCAGCAGGGCGCCCCCGUGUGGCUGGCGGUGCACGAGGACGGCAUCAGCGUGCUGGAGUACAACUCAAUGAGGCUGCUGGUGUCUCACCUGCACAAGAACCUGAUGACCUUCGGCGGUUGCCGUGACGACUUCAUGCUGGUGGUGGGCCAGAACCUGGGGAGCGGCCUGGCCAAAGAUAAGUCCAAGCCCAUGGAGAAACACAUGUUCAGCAUGGCCAAGCCCAAGAUCUUGGAGAUGACCCUACUCAUCGCCAGCUUCAUCAACAGUGCCCACCAGCAGAAAGCCGCCGCCCACCACCUCUCUGCACCCGCCCUUCUGUCAGCCCAGCCAAUAGAUCUCAAGAACGUGGAGCUGGACAGCCAAUUGCCAGCUUCCCCCAUCAGGCCCAGCAAGGCGCCGACCCUGCUGUGAGCACACCCUGUUCGGUACAGCAGCACCGGUGCCAUCAAUCAAUCCUCCACCCUCAGUACAGGAGCCAAGAUGGCUCUGAAUUCAAACAGCAGUAUUAUGACAUGGUACUGGUAUUGUCAUCGGAUCAUGUGAUAUGAUACUGCCUUUCCUGCUGGUCAAUUCAUGUGACACGGUACUUGUCUUCCUCUUCGGUACAGUCACAUCCAAAGGUACAUGGCAAUUUUCUGAUAAGCCUGGAAUGUUUUGAAUAACAUUUUAUCCCUUAAGUGUACUUAAGAACUUAUGUAAUUAUUAUUGCAUAACAAUUACUAUUAUUAUGUUAGAAAACAGCUUUCUGUGAUCCUUCUCUCGGUACAGUAUGUGCUCCUGUACAGAAGAGUGUCAGGUCCAUGUUGGGGAAAAAAACUUAUUUCAUCAAAAUUAUUCAGCUUGAAAUCAACCUAAUAUUUAACAAUUAUUUCAACUUUAAACUAUUAAAGUUUAUUUCAACACUUUAAACUAAAAUUAUGAACUUUAAUAUUCUAUAUUCUGCAAUAUUGUGAUGUUUUUUUUACAUGGCCCUAAUGUUCUACCAUGCAUUUGGAACUCAUGGAAGGAAAAUGAAAUCCAACCAUUUUUUCAUAUUUGGAACUGUUAACAGAUAUGAAGGGAGGGGAGUUUUGGUAGAAUCUUGUGAAAAUAAGUUUGGACCUACAGAGUGAAGGACUUGAGUAAUUUCGGUUUGCCUUUUAUUUAUCCACAAGUAAUAUUCUUAUUCAUUGCAUGGCUUGAAACAAAAUGACUGAAAUAAUGCUAGGUAACACAUGUAAAAUAAAGGCUUGAAUUAAGGUAACACCUAUAACUUAAACGGGACGUUUUAGCGAAGAACCAAACAAAACUGGAAGCUGCCUCCUUUCUAUAGUAUAACUGCUUUUAGUUUCUGAAUGGAUGAGACUUCCUGUUUAGACCUAUUUCUGUUUUAGUCUUUAAUUUUUUGCAAGUCUUUAAUUGACUUUCACGUGGAUAAGUCUCACUGUUUAGCCUCACUGUGGUUUGUCUGUUUGUUCCAUAUACUGUGAUAUACCUGUGAAUCAGCUUGUGUGCUGGUGUAUAAAUCCUCAUAUCCUCCUCAGUCAUGAUAGGAGAGGGGCCAGACAUUUUCACCUUUGUAUUUGGUAAAAUAUUUUUGUUUCAAAGUGUAUGGAAUUCAGUUUAGAAGAGUAAUAUUUUAAGAAUUAUCUGCUUAAAUAUUUAUUUUGAUAUGCCAGAAUAUCUAUUUAGAAAUGGUCACUAUGAUUGUCACAAAAAUGCUAUAUUUAAAUACACAAAUGUUAUUAAAUCAGGUGUUUCUGGAAUUAUUUUUAACUUU